CUAGCGUUCCCGCGAAAUGCCACAGACACACCAUCCAAUCUCCAACAAUUUUCCAAUUAUCCCGACAAUUAACAAGAUUAAAAACACUUGAAACACCCAGUGAUAACCCAGUGAGUGAUCCCCGUCGACUCGACGAAAAAAUAGUGACGGAAAAGUGAGAAAAUCGGUGGAAAAUCGAGGGAAUUGCCAAGCCAAAUGGACACUGCACGCGUGCCUUUUUCCUCCGUUAUUUGUUAACAUUUUGGCGGUAAAUAAGAAUAAAAUUUUGUUACAAUUUGUGGUCAGGACACUCGUGGACGUGUUGGAGGACUUUUUGAGUGAUUUUGGUGGAGUUUAAUUGGGAAAAACCCUGGAAAAAUAUUGGAAUUGUCGCGGCGUCGGGACGCUCAACCCGUUGAGAUUGUUGCUGCGACUGCGGCAUUGUUGACUACCCAGGAGUUGUAAAAAUUGCAUAAUUCGGUGGUGGACACUUGAGGGGAUUGUCUGAGGUUUCUUUGACACCCGGAAAACCGGAAAAACUCGAGUUUUCUUCGAGGUUAUGUUGUGUGUACAGAGGGCGUGACAGUACCGGAUUACCAGAGGGUUGGUCAUAGUUUCGCGCGCUAGUCUCCCGCGCUCCACUCAUCAACUCCCGCAUUUUUGUAAUUUUAUUGCUCCAAUUGGUUAAUGAAUAUUUUUUAAAAAUUGUCCAAUUUAUUUUUAUGGGGUUGUGACGUAUGAAAAAAAUUGGAGAAAAAUUUUACCGUGAUUUUUUGGUGUUUUUUGAUCGACGGAAAAAGGUCGGGUCUGUCGGCGGUCAGAGGGAGCAUUAUGGCGAUUCAGUGAGAGACCCAAGCAUCGCUCUCCUCAUUUAUCGUCUCUCAUUUAUUCAAUUUGAGGAUUUUAUUGUUGCUGUUACGUUUGGUGGUGUCAGGGGAGUGUUACCGAGACCCUCAGAAAAUAUUUGGAUUUUUUUUUUCAAUUUUUUGGAAACCAGAGCACACGUCAUCACGGACAGCAUCAAGAUGCCACAGACUAGUCUGCAGGAGAACCAUUCGUAUACACUCCAGGGAAUGAAGCCCCAACCCUUGAAACGUAAACGCAAGAGCACAGAGCCAUCAGAAGACGCUGAAAAUAUAUAUCCACCGACGAAAAUAGGGACAAUCUCUCAUUGUCAUGGGUCACGGAUUCCCGAGACCCCAAAGACCCCCCAGAGCCAUUCUUCACCCCUGAAGGAGAGAGAGCCUACUACCUGGUCAGAAUUGCGAACUGCCACGUGUUUUCUAACCCCCUCAGCCUCAUCGAGUUCCUCAGGAAAGCCAUGCCCUCUCCCCUCGUUUCCAUGGGCCGAUGGCUCUCAGGUCUGGUCUAUGAUGUGCCUGGGGGAUCAGAAAACACUGACCCAAAGGGACUCGCAGAUGUUCCAGAGACAUCCCACCCUGCAACCCAGAAUGAGGGCCAUUCUCCUUGAUUGGCUCAUCGAAGUCUGUGAAGUUUAUAAACUACACAGAGAGACUUAUUACCUGGCUAUGGAUUAUAUUGAUAGGUAUCUAUCAACACACUCUAAUGUACCAAAAAGUCAACUCCAACUCAUCGGCAUCACCUGUUUAUUUAUUGCUGCUAAGGUUGAAGAAAUCUACCCUCCAAAAAUCGCGGAAUUCGCGUACGUGACUGACGGUGCAUGCACAGAGGACGAGAUCCUCGGGAAAGAGCUAAUAAUCCUGAAAGGUCUCGGCUGGAACUUGUCCCCAGUGACACCUCCGGGUUGGCUGAACGUCUACAUGCAGAUGGAGUCGGGAGACUGGUCACGGCCGCAUGCCUUCAUCUACCCUCAGUACAGUGGUCUCCAGUUCUCGCAGGCAGCCCAGCUCCUGGACCUGGCGACACUCGACGAGGGCAGCUUGAAAUUUCCAUACUCCCACAUGGCAGCAGCUGCUGUGUAUCACACCCAGGGUCGAGAGUGCGCCCUGAGGGUAUCAACACUGUCCUGGGAGCAACUUGCACCGUGCGCCAAGUGGCUCAGUGCAUUUGCCCACAUCAUAGCCGAGGAUGACUCCCAACUACUCUCAAGAUCAACAGCAUCACCAGUGGAGACUCACUCGGGUUCUGGACUGCGGGCAGCAGUGCCCAAUAUCGUACUAGAUGAGUCCCACAGAAUUCAGACCCAUGUCGUUGACCUCGCGAUGCUCGAAAAAGCACAGCAGAGGCACAAGGACUCGGAAUUUCACUCACUAGACUCUUUGGACUCAACGAGCCUCGAUACAGGCAGCCCUGAUCAGAGUGGCAUUCUCACUCCACCCUCCAGCAGCCAAAAAAAUUCACCAACACCCACCAGGUUACCUCCACAACUCGAACCUUAUACGUAAUUCAGGGCUUUCUCUAAGGCCAAUCAAGGGGUUGAUUAUUAUUCAGUAAGGGAGUGGUAAAAUCAAUGGCAUGAGAAUAUAUUGAUUUGUGGAAAUGAGACCACGAGAGAUCUCAUUUCCGGAUUUUUACUUUUGAGCUGAGAAUUCAAUAUGUACAUAAGAUAUUUCAGAGAUAUUUCUAUGGGAUUUUUAAGUCAAGAUUUUUCUCGUUUUUCAUGACAGAAAAGAGCUUGCAUUGAAAAUGUCGUGGUUCUCUCGUAGUGAGCGGUAUUUUAUGGCUUUGUAAAUAAAUAUUAAUCUUGUAAACUUUGUUUAUCAUACUUUUGGUUAUAUGUAUAAUGGACAGAGUUUCUGUUAUUUCAAGGAAAAAAUAUCGAGGGCGUUUUUUUGGUGAUGAAGUUUCUUUAAAUUUCUUAAUUAUGGAAUGUUUUUAUGUAAUGCUUCCCUUUUACGUUUCGCACUUAUCUAAAUAUUCAUUCGGCAUUUUCUCUAAUAGAAGUGAUUACCGAACGGAAAAUUGAGGGAAGUUUUUUUUAUGUCUGAAGAAAUCAACAAAGAUUGUUCCAUGAGAUUCUUUCCUUGGAAUUACUGCUCAUUAUGAGAGUGGUCUCGUGCCCAAUGGAGUGCAAAAAUUAAUUUAGGAUGAUUUACCACUUCGCUAUUGAUUGUAUUUCGAUUCUUUUUUUUAGUAAUCCCCUGCCCUCUUAGUGCCUUAUCCACGUUUUCGAUGACUCUUUUAUCCGGUCAAUAAAAUUUUUAACACUGCCAUGGUUAAUAGGUUUUUGGGAGGCAUCGUGACUUUAAGAAGACUCUUAACAGUGAUAUGAAUAUUAUAAUAUUAUCUUUGAAGUGUUUAAGAGACGAAGUGCGCAGGUGUUUGGACGUUUGAGGAUUCCAUUAUUUUUUUUUACUGGGAUUGUUUAUUGUUGCUUGAAGCAAUAGGAGGGGAGGUUUAUGGACUCGAAUGAAGAUCUUUUUUGAUCUAUUCGUUAGUAAUGAAAUGUUAGAACUAUUGUCAGUCGGUAGAUAAUUAUGAAAGAGUGGAUAUUGAGAAUAAAUUAAAAAAUUGAGGAGCGAAUUUUCCAGAGUAUCUUCAGAUCUAAUGAAUUUAUAGAGCGCAUUGAAAUUUUUAUGCGCUUUCAGAGCAUAAAAACAUUUUCACGUCUCCUAGAUUUAUAUGAGUUGGGGAUAUUCUCGAAAAAAAAAAUAGUGAGAGUUGGCGACUCAAUUAAAAAUUCAGUUUUUGUUAAAUAUCUUUGAAAUCAUUAGGUCUAUCGUAAAAUGUAAACAAACAUGUUGUGAAUCUUGUGAAGUACAAACGCAAUUUUAUGUUUUUAAAUGAACCUAAUGGUUUCCGAAAUAUUUGUGGAAUAAAUGGAAUCAAUUGAGACAGUAUAGUUCAAUAAAUUGAGAUGAUUGAAUAAUAAUAGGGAUAAAACGAAUCGGGUGGAAAUUUUCCGUGCACUUUUCUGUGAUCAACCCACAUAUGAGGGCUUCAUUCCUUCAGAUUUCACUUCAUAAAAGAAAUAACAAAAUCAUCAAUAUAUCGAACAGUAAUUUAGUGCCUUAAAUAAAGUGCUCCUUAUACUUCUUUAUAUAGUGCAUAAGGAAUGAGUGUUGUACAUAGUAUUCUCUUUUAUAUUAAAAUAUUCAUUACUUGCAUUUAACAAAUGCCCUGAUUUUUCACGGGUACACGGUAAUCAUCGAGAGUGUAAAUAAUCUCAUGUUAUUUUUCGUCAUAAUUGUGAGAAUGAAAAUAGGAGAAUUAAAUAUGAAUUUAUAUUGACUUUAAUGAGUGUCCCAUCGAAUUGUUGAGAGUGAAAAUAUCGGUUAUCGUUAACAAAUCAUCCAGUAUGGAACAGGGAAAUAACGUGAGUAAACAUGAUGAGGAAUGAUAGAAUUUUUACAUACAAUUUGUAAG